AUGGCACCUAGGACAGCCCGACCGGACUUCCCGGUACACCAGUUAGUAAUACUGUCCAUAUGUCGCCUGGUGGAGCCGAUAGCCUUCACCUCCAUAUAUCCUUAUAUAUAUUAUAUGGUGGCACACUUCCACGUGACAAAGAAUGAAGCCGAAAUUGCCAUGUGGACUGGUGGAUCGAUUGCAGCCUUUGCUUUCGCAGAGAUGUUGACGGGGAUGAUGUGGGGGAGGCUUUCGGACAAAGUAGGCCGUAAACCGGUUUUAAUCGGAGGAUUGCUAGGGACGGGGUUUAGCAUGCUUCUGUUCGGGUUGGCACCUUCGAUGCCGUUGGCUCUUUGUGCCCGGGCCCUCGGAGGGCUGUUGAAUGGGAACGUCGGGGUCAUUCAGACCACCGUUGCCGAGUUGGUCCCGAAGAGGGAGUAUCAACCACGUGCGUUUUCGUUGAUGCCAUUCAUCUGGUCUCUGGGUUCCAUCAUCGGACCUACCUUGGGCGGUAUGCUCGCAGAGCCUGUCACCCACUACCCGGAGUAUUUCUCCAAGGGUGGCCUCUUCGACAGAUUCCCGUAUCUGCUCCCUAACAUCGUCUGCUCUGCCAUCUGCUUGGUGGGUGCCGUGAACGGGGUCCUGUUUCUCGACGAGACCCAUCCGGAACUCAUCGACCAGCCUGAUCGUGGGAGGAAUGUUGGUUUCUGGAUCCAGGACAAGUUUUCCAGCAUCAUUUUGUGGAAUUCAGCCGUAAAGGAUGGGCCGGCGUCCGCCAGUGAUCUCCCCACGGAAACCUCUCCACUGCUCAACGCUGACCCGGAAUCCCCACCGACCCCACCGCUUCCUCAGACUCCACCGUCAUCAUCAUCUACACUUGCUGCUGAUUCUCGGCCUUCAUCCAGCACCAGUCUCUCGAGCUCUUCGAUCACUUCAAAGCCACCACAAUCACCACAGGAACCAGUCACAGCAUGGACACCUCAGGUUCUUCACAAUGUUUUUGCCUAUGCAAUAAUUGCAUUCCACAGCAUCACAUACGACCAAAUUCUCUCUGUCUUCCUCCAAUCUCCGUCUUCCUCUACUCGUCUUCGCUCACCACUAGUAUUCACCGGUGGAUUUGGUCUGGACACUCAAACCAUGGGAGUCAUCUUCAGCUACCAAGGCAUCCUAUCCACCUUAUUCCAAUUCCUGAUCUUCACACCAUUCGUCCACUGUUUCGGUGUUCUAAGAACGUUUAGAUUCGUGGCUAUAACAUACCCACUAAUCUAUUUUCUAACACCGUAUAUGGCCUUCCUACCCCACGAUAACGAUAGACUACUAUUCGCAGUUAUAUACAUCGUAUUAAGUUACAAAACCAUCUACAGCUGUCUGAUAUACCCGGUCAACAGCAUCCUUCUCACGAAUGCAGCACCGAGUUUACUCGUUCUUGGAGAGAUCAAUGGUGCUGCAGGUAGUGUAGCUAGCUGCAUGAGGGCUAUCGCACCGAUUGCGAGUGGUUGGCUGUACUCUAAAGGUGUUGAAAACGGGGUUAUGAUACUUUCCUGGUGGGCCGUUGGGUGUGUAGCCGCGAUUGGUGGAGUACAGGCCUUGUGGAUUACAGAAGAGAAUAGAGAGGUAGUAAAAGAUGAAGAGCAAACAAGAGAACGAGGGACACAAGGAGGUGGAAAGGUUGUUGCUGUUGUUGGAGAAGAUGCUGUCAGGUUUUUGGAAACUGGUGAGUUGAUUGUUGUAGUUGAGGAAGAAGGGGAGAGACAUGUUAGGGUUUGA